AUGGCCUUCCAGCAGCAGUCCACGCGGCAACCCGCCCAACGGGUCAACUUCAGCGAAUCGGGGGACGAUCAGCCUGCGGCUCUGGCGCCCCAGCACCCCACGGCACCACCAAACGAGUCUCAGACUUGGGUUUUGUUUACCCCGGGCACCGACGCGGGCACGACGACCUCCUACCUCACAGGCUCCGUCCACGACGGCCAAAUAACACCGGGCAGGUCGAGGAUAAGCGACCUUGGUAGUCUUGACACCGUACCACGCUCCGGACUCGACGUGUCUGGAGGUUCAGAGGUUAUCGCAGAAAGCAGCGCCGAGGAGGACGCAGAACUCGACAGUCUAGACAGCCACCUUCCCGAGUUUCGAUCCGUCCCUAGUCCCUACAGUCAUCAUCACCCACAUCACCAUCAAACCGAAGUCCCCCACGCGACACCAGUGCUUCCAGGGCACGACGGCCUAGGCUCGUUCCGAUUCGAGUCUCCUGGUAUGAGCGCAGAGGUACAAGACCGCAUGUACGCGUUUGAGCGAUUCAACCCAAACCGCGUGAGGCAUACGAGGACCGACAGCUUCAGCCUGGCGCAGCUUGAUAUCGAGACGGAAGAGGCACAAGAUCGGGAGCGGAACCGCAGGAUAGAAGCCUGGCGGUUAGAGCAGAGCCAACUCCUGCUCGACGAUAUUCGCAACGAGACGAAGCGACGGCGGCAGUCCCAGGCGUCGCUCCGUAAGGUCCAAAGUAUGAGCAGGAUGCCAUACGAACCCAGCGAGAUGAGCUUGGCCGACGAGGAGGCGGCAGAUAUCAAUCUGAACGGGGCAGACUGGCAUGACCAAGAUGAGCCAGUAACACACAACACGAGGACAGGCACGGAUACAAGUACAGAGCCUGGAACAUGGAGCAGGCUAGCGCGCAAGGUGAUUUGCGAUCUGAUGGGGAUUGAUGACCAACUGCUGUCAAUCCUCUUUGGGGAAGCUCUCCCAGAUGAGGAGAUGUUGUCAUCGACGCCCAAGGCAUCCACGUUCGCCGCGCCAAGCCACAUGGCAUCGGAGUCAUCGCAUGACUCCGAGUGGCAGCUCCGCAUGUUGGACCGCAUCUCGCGGGAGCUUGGCGUGCUUGUGCAUCAAAUGUCGAGUCACCCUGGCGCCUUCUCGACGUACAACCGAGUGCAACAAAUGCCCUUGCCGUAUGCCGGCCUCCCCGUGAUCCCGGAAACACCCGCCGACGCCAGCGAGACCGGGCGGGGCUUGGAUGGUUCCAGCAGUAUCUCGGCCAUGCCCCGAUUCCAGCCUACCGUCCCGCGGCCCGUCGAAACAUUCAGCUCGCGCCCUUCGGAGCCCGCGUCGCACCAGACUAGCCCGACCGCCGCUGGCGUGACUCAUGAUACCCAACAGUCAUUCACACAGAAGGAGUGGGAGCAGGACCUCGACAUCCGGCUGGUCUUCCGGUACCUCCGGUCCCGAUUCACAUCCUCCCGACAGGCCGCGCCGUCCGCCUUCUCGUCAAGCACAUCCCACCUCGCCACGUCUAGCACACAAGACGCCGCGGCCAAGGCAGCCAGAGUGCGCCAACACCACCCUCUCGUAUCCCACGCCCACUCACACGGAUACCACCACCACCACCAUCACCACCUCCAUCAUCAUCACCACCACCACCGACCCCGCCCCGUCGAGCGACGCUCCUUCAAGAUCUCCACAACUCCCGCCGCAGCCGCCGCAGCCGGGAAAGCCGGCAGCUGUGCGAGUCAGAGCACAAGGCGGUCGGCGCGGCGGAGCAGUAUCUCGUCACGGCCAUCGUCGAGGCAUUAUUGGGAUAUUGGCGGGUCGAUUGGGACGGGGAGUGUGAUUGCGGGGACGGGGCCGAUGGGGAGUUGGGGGGAGGUUUGA